GCGACCUGGGAAGGGCGCGGGCAAAAAGCAAAGGAACGGACCAGAAGAAGGUGGUGCGCAGUGCUUGCCCCCGCUGGGCUUGGGCGUCCAAGCUCGAGCAGGACGGCAACGCGCGUUUGCGCGGGGCGCCCUUCAGCAACAAAGCGCCGCCCGCGCAAGCCAACGACGUGGGCGCUGGCAAGGGCGCCGCUGGCGUGGGCUCGGCCAUGAAGGGCCAACUGCUGGAGCUCAUCAGGGCGCAGCCUGGCAGCGAGCAGGUUAGGGCGGCGCAGAGCCUCCUGGACGCGGCCAAUGAGGGAUCCAAGGCGGCGCGCGGCGCUGGGGACGCCCCAGUGACGCAACGCGUCACCGAGGUGACGGCCAAGGUCCAGCGGGCCCAGGUCUCGUUCAACAAGGUCCGCGCGCAGCAGGCGGCCGCGGCACUGGCGCAGGCGGAGAAGGAAAGAGCGGAGGUGCUCAAGACGGUGGCGCCGCCAGCCCAGGCGUCGCCGCCGACGGGGGCUGGGAUCGACCUCAGCUCGCCGGUGGGCACCAGUGAGCCCGACGAUUCCGUGUUCGCGCUGAACUUGGGCCCCGAGUUUGAAUACUCGGACGGCGCGAUGCACGGGGCCGACUUGCAGGAGCUGGCUCGCCGAAAGAAGCUGGUCAUGGGCGCGCUCACGGAGACGCUCAAAAGCACCUUCGGCGGCAUGCAGGAGAAGCUGCGCGAGCAUCGCGACUCAUUGUCGACCAUUAAAGAUUGCG